AUGUCGGAAGACUCAAACAUGAAGCCCUGCGCCCUGCUUUUCGGUGACGCUGGCACCAUGAUCGCUGCCACUCCCAGCCUUGGCCUUCGUACCAAAAUCAAGACUGAGGUCGGAACGGUCGUUCCACCAAGUGCAGAUCCAUAUUUCGGAUUUCACCUGACUGUGCGUCGUGAUCGCAGACAACUCCUCAGCGAAGGUGAGGGGAAGGGCGUAUGUUUUGCAUACGACCCCUCCCUCGACAAGCUUGUCUUGGCAGACUAUCGCAUCACGGUCAAGUUCCCCCGCGGCGGUGUCUCCUGUGACUAUCUCCCAGUUCCUGAAGCCGUCCAGGCCAAAUUUCCUACGGUCCAAAAUUGGCAAGGGUUUACCUACCUGGUCGUACGCCUUCAAUCUCCCUGGAUUGUGAUUCAAGGUUAUCAGCAGGAGUAUUAUAACUCCACCGACCCCAAGCUUGAGCAGUGGGUUCAACAUGAUAAAGAAAUCAACGAUGUCUCGCUUCUGGAUGUGCUUCACCAACACAAUUUCUACUUCGUUGUGGAUAUGGAUAUCGGCUCGUGCAGAGAGGUCAUGAGAGACGAGGGCCUUCCUCCCAGAUUCACGUAUGGCUACCCCAAGCAGCCAACUAACGCUGAGGAGAUGGAGGACCUCAUCGACGAGAACCAAGGUGGCCCAUUUGCGCCUUGCUACGCUUUCGAUAGCGACGAGGCCAAGGUGACCGCCAUAAACCAGAGCGUGGUCCAGGACACGCUUUGGGUGCACCGGGAGGCUGAGAUUAUUGCCGAAGAAUGCUUUCAAGCAUACUUCAUCGCACCUCCUGGAAGGGUUCCUGAAGGCAGCGGCCUUUACCUUGUGGUGUCGGUACCUAAGGAAUGGAGAGAACGUCACGAGCUCGCGUGGCGACGUUUGAUCAUGAGUAACCCUCUACUCAAAGUAGAGAUCCAUGAUAUUAUUGGUCCCGAAGACUCUGAGCCAGCGCUAUGGGUAGGCAAGAUCCUGGAGCGGAGUGAUUCCUUUCCUGAACUUGACUCACAUCUGAUUGGAGACAACGAGGUGGUCCUACGAGUUCGCGCCGCUGCCGAUUCCAAGGUUCGCAUCUACAACUAUAACGACCGCGAGACCGCCAACGAAGCUCUUGCACGAGGAGCACAGAACUAG